UUCAAAUGCAACCACAGGAAAAUGAAGGAGGAGAACGAUGGUGAUCCCAUGGGUGAACAUUUACAUCGCUUCACUGUGAAAUUCAGUCCUACUGAAAGCAAGAAAUACAAUAUUACCUGUAAUCGACCUCGCACAGUGCUGAAGGCAAUAAAAUCAACUCAAACCUAUAACAUGAGGAUGGAGAUGGAGAUGUGUGCAGAUGAAAACAUUGUGAUUCAGCUGGGUAAAGAGGAUAAGGCAUCUAUUGUUGCAACACAUUUCCCUUGUACUUGUAUCAGGGAUGGUGAGUCUCUGAUCAUAUCACGUAAGUCAGACAUAGUUGAGGCAGCCAAAGCUAAACUAUACAAACCAAUACAGUCAAGAGACAAAUAUUCUGUUUUCUACAUAGAUACAGAGGGAGGGGAAAACACCAAAACAAAGAGGCUUUUUAGAAACAAUGCUGUCAAACAGUUCAGGUAUCUGUGUGUCUAUGGGAAGAAGGGGAUGUCUGUGGAAGAGGCUCUGAAAAGGGAUGGUCGCUUCAUUGAUGACCUUGGUGACUUUAAGCUGUCUGACAGUAAGAAUCCAAGCCGCACUUUUGAAAAUACAGAAAAAGUUGAUACCCUAGAUCGGAAAAAACUCAAGUUAUGUCUUCCACGGAAAAAGAAAACAAAAGGGCAACCGGCAGAUCAGCAGGCCAACCAGUAUACAUCUCAGUCCAGCCCUGCUGCAUGGUAUACCUUUAACUGUAACCUCUGUUAACCUUUUGUGUCUUUGAAUGACAAUAUGUUUUCUGUCGUUGGCACACAGUAAUUCUGACCAUUUGCUGUGAAGUUGUUGGUGAAGGUUUGUUGAAGCUCCUUAAUUGAGCUGCGGUCAUAUUCAA